AAGCAAUCGAAGCAUGACGAUCCAGGCUUCAAAGAAGGGAAUUUGGGGAAAUGUCUGGCCUGGCAAAUGAAGACAAAAAUGAGUGAAUUGCCCUCAUCGUACACUGGUGACGUAUGUCAUCACGGCCCAGCGCCAGCUCGCCCCAGCAUCGAUUGUGUUCACGUGGCGUGAAGAUCGUCUGUGCACGUCGCCCGGCAGCAAGCGCGUGCGCAGUCACCCACACGAGCUCUGCGAAGUCAGAUGUUUGUCUCUCUGUCUCUUAAAAAAAAGUUAAUGCGUUGAGGAUUUACGGGGGAAGUUCUGCGGAGAGCUCUCAGUUGCAGACGUUUAUCAGACGACCUUCGGACCAAGGGGAAAACCAAAAUUAAGUCCAGGCGAGCGGUCGGAUGGACAGAGGAGAGUUUUUGCUCGAGAAAAGGCGUGGAAGGACAAAGUGGAGGUUGUGUGGACUGCAUUUAACCCUAUCCACAUGGCCAGCCCUGGGUAACUGGACGCCAUCUAUUACCAGCUGGAUUGGUGAACCUUGACGACGUCAGCGACAUGAUGCAGACAUGGAGCAGCACUUGGUUCUGCCAUCUCCGGGGAUCUUCUCUCCCCUUGAGGCGGCUGAGAAAGAUUUCUGUCUGCUGGCAUUACGGGCGUGUCUGUAGCUAUCGCUGAAGGACAAGUAAAUAUUUUCACUCAUCACAACAACAAAAACAACAAACAGCAGAAUUUUUCACAGGACGAGCGCCUGCUUGAGCAUAAAAAUCUUCAGCAGUGUGUUGGCGUCAGUGUGAACAAGGACGGCUACUCAAGAUCCGUAAGUCUGGUAUUACUAUAGGUGGAUCCUAGUUUGCUUCACGCGGAUCUUGGAGAUCCAUUACAUUGAUAGUGACGAGGAGUGCGAAGAGACAUUUUGUGGAAUUCAUCUUUUCACUCGUCGUAACGAUAAUAAUAACCCGAUAAUAAAAGGCAGGGAAGGUUUCGACCGAAGACGCGUCGGUGAGUUAGGUAAGAGUAGAUGACAGGGAUCCACAACAUGGCCGCGCCGCGCAAGUCGGUCUCAAACGCCACUAGUGGGCGGCAUAAUUCUAUUGCCAGCCGUAUGGCGUUGGAGGACAGUCCCUCCUCCAGCUCAGAUGAAGAGCUGACGGAGAAACAGGCGCAGCUGGAGCAGAAGAUGCAGGCAGAGGCUAAGGAGACGCUCGCCGCGCGGCUGGAGGAGCGGCUGGCGUCGUCGGAGAACCGGCAAGGCCUGCAGUCUUCCAAAGCCAUGCUGCAGCACUUGAUGGAGAUGUGGAGGCAGCAGCUGUCCGACUCGUUCCGUCCCUCCGUGGCGCUCAACCCCGAGAUGACGGCGGAGAACAACCUGGCGCGGGUGCAGGAACAGUAUCCCUCCGACCACAGCUUGCAGAAAGUGAGGGCGGCGGGCGUGGUGAUCGAGACGGUCAGCCACAUGAAGCACACGGCCGCCUCGGCUCACACCAGCACGCACCUCUUUCCUCACCAGCACUUACUACACGCACCACACGUACACCGCUAGCUAGAUGACCCCUCCCCCAACUUGGACUCUACAUUGAAUGGACUGCUGGUAGACAAAGCUUGCGCGUUAAAUGCUAGA